AUGUCCGUUGUAUGUAUAUUAUCCACUGGCCAGCGGCGAUGGCUCGGUCAGUCUUCCAGUGCGUGGCGCGUGCUCCGCAUGCUGAUCGUGCCAAUCCGUCUGCUAUAAUAAAUCCAGCAUAAUGCAUGGAGUCGCCGCGACGCUUGCCCGUUGUCCGAGCUAAUCUUCCCGAGAUCCCGACGUUUUUUAUGGGGAUAAGAAAACGUAAAAAAGAGAUACAAUUGAAAUGAGCUAGACCACAAUGUGUCACCGUGGCUGCUCCAACUCCAUUCCGAUUCCAUUCCCCAGGGUAUAAAUAGGAGAGAACUGCGUAGAUGGACUGUCAGAACUUAAAGUCUUUUGAAAUAGAAGCAACAUGAGAAUCCGGGCCUGUCAUCUUGCAAUCCUUGCUUUCCUGAUUACCUGCUGUCUGGAUUGGAGCAACGCGCUAUUCUUUAAGUCUUGGAAAACAGGCAGGGGAUAUGGUGGAGCACAGAACUAUGGGUACAAUGGAUAUGGCAACUACGGCUAUGGCAGCUAUGCGGCCGGUUACGGAUACAAUUCCUAUCCAGCCUACUCUUCCUACUCGUACCCAUCAUAUCCAAGCUACUCCUCGUAUCGCAACCCAUACGGAGGACGAAGGACUUCUGGUCAGCGACAAGGACGCACCUUCUCGGAAAUACAGAGAGUUAUCAAGCCCGAUGGCUAUGUGGGUCUCGGUGGGAGUCGAUUCCUUCCAGGUGGAAAUCGGUUUUCUCCUCUCUGGGGUUAG